AUGUUGCAUGUGUUUCGUGAAUUUGGCAUGGGAAAGAAUCUCAUGGAAGAAAGAGUAAGCGCUUGUGGUACUGCUUUGGAUGAGUAUGGAAAGAACGAAACUCAGGUGCUACUCGAAGUGACCGAUCUGCUGGAGAAAUGCAAAAAGGAUGCCAAUAAAAAGUUGGAUCUUCGUCAAUAUUUUCAUGCCGCCGUUGGGUCAGUUAUUAACAGCAUCCUUUUCGGAUAUCGCUUCGGCGAGACCAAUAUGUCGGAUUUCCUAUAUUUGAAAGAAACGUUAGAUCGAAUCAUGGAGAUUUACGCUCGGCCAGAGUUUAUAAUGUGGAUGUUUUUCCCCAUUUUGAGAUAUAUUCCAUUCUUUUGGAAUUUCAAUAAAGGCGCUAAAGAAAAUAACGAUAUACUCUUCGGCAUGAUCGAUUCUCAAAUAGAAGCACAUAAAGCUGAAAUAGAUUUUGAUAGUGAGAAAAGUACCGACUAUGUAGAAGCUUUUCUGAAAGAACAGAAACGUCACGAGAACGAACCCGAUUUCGGAGGCAUGAAUCAACUUCGAAAUACUUGCAUUGAUCUAUGGGCUGCUGGUAUGGAAACAACCUCCAACACACUUUAUUGGGGAGUUCUCUACGUACUUAUGAAUCCCGAAGUGCAGAGAAACAUCCACGAAGAGAUGGAUCGAGAAAUUGGUUCGCAAAGGCUAAUAACCAUUGCGGAUCGAAGUCUACUACAUUAUAUGAACGCAGUCAUAGCAGAGAUUCAACGUUCGGCGAACCUUCUUCCUUUGAAUGUUUUUCAUGAAACAACCGAAGAUGUAGUGAUCGAUGGACACCACAUUCCUGCUAAAACUCUUUUUCUACCUCAGAUUUCCAGUGUUAUGUACGAUGAAAAGGUAUAAUC